AUGGCCAAGAUUGAGUUAGACGCUAUUCCAGCCUUCGACUUCACAAAUUCCGUCCGUAAUGUCGCCUUGGAUGGUAUGGGAGUUCAGCCAUAUGUUCAUCGUUCUACUGGUACUACAAUUGUGGCCUGUUUGUCAAAGGUAUGUUGAUUGUGUAAAAUUUUCUUUGGUUUUUAGGUUUCUCUAAGAAAUUCAAGAUGGAGAUGGUUAAUGUAAAAAUGUUUGAGCUUUUUGGAAAUUAAAGUUAGAUGUUUUAGCUGUAGUUUUAAAUCAAAACACGGACAGUAAAUGAGGUUUCUUUAGCAAAAAUUUUGUUUUAUAGUUCGAUUUACUAUGGGGAUGGUUAAUACUCAAAUUAAAUAUAGCUUUUAAUAAAAUUACAAAUUAAAUUUAUGUAAAAGUCUUGGUAUUUCAGCUUUAUUUUAGUAACUAAUUAAGAUAGCCAACUACAAAAAUGUUUUGGUUACAGAUGGUGUUUAAAGCCUAUAGAAAAAAGUUUUUAAUUUGUCCACUAAAAGUAUUAUUUUAGACCGGUUUGGUGAUGGGAGCUGAUUCUCGUGCUACGCAAGGAAACGUAAUUGCUGACAAACAAUGUGAGAAGGUCCACAAACUCACCGAAUCCAUGUAUGCUUGUGGUGCCGGUACAGCUGCUGACCUUGAUCAAGUUACAAAGAUGUUGGGAGCUAACUUGCGAUUGUUGGAGUUGAAUACGGGAAAGAAGGCUCGAGUGAUAUCUGCUUUGAAGAUGGCCAAACAGCACUUGUUUAAAUACAUGGGAUACAUUGGAGCUUACUUGUUGAUUGGAGGAGUUGACUCGACUGGACCUCAUCUUUACGAAUGUUCAGCCAAUGGUACGACAAUGGCCAAGGCUUUCGCUGCUGAUGGUAGUGGAAGUUACUGUGCUAUCACAGUUUUGGAACGUGACUUCAAGAAGGAUAUGACGGUGAGUUUAUUUCAUAUUUUAUAAGUUAUGAAGUUUUAGAAAGGUGUUCUAAAAGUUUAGGUGACACAUUUAAUGUUAUCCUACACUAAUAGCUCUGUAAAGAUGCGGUUUUUCUGAAACAACCUAUUUUCAGACUGCCGAAGCCAAGGCCUUGGUCCAACGCGCACUGGAAGCUGGUAUGCAUGGAGAUAACAUGAGUGGAAACUCGUUGAACUUGGUCAUCAUGGAGAAAGAGGGCACCGUCUUCGAAGGGCCGAUCGUUCCAGAAUUCUGUAAACUCCCCGAGCCUUUGGAUCUACAGUACAAGUUCAAGCCUGGAACAACCAAGAUCUUGACCCAAAAGACCUUCAAAUACGACAUUAUUGAGUCCAUGGACAUGCAUUAA